ACGGUGGUCCCCAUACUUUACGAGUAAUGAGAAAAUUAAGAUGGCGCAGAAUCAAAUCCCUUUCCAAUAAGGUCCGCACUUCAAUGCGUUAAUGUCCAUCUUCUCCCUAAAGCAUAAGAUUCCAUUUCACAACUUUGCUUAAUUUGCAAUCUAUUUUGCAAUUUGCAUCUACAACUCUUCUGCAAUCUCUUGUUCUAUCUGUCUUCCUCGCCCUUUUAUUUAUUGGCAAAGAAACACAUGUAAAGCAUACAGAAUUGCUUAUGCACGUAGUUUGUUUUUAGAGAAGUUGCUGCAGCAACAUUUGUCUUUUCCGCCUAUCUUCGAAAAUUGCUUUUGUCUUCAUUUCUUAAACACCUUUUUUUCUUUCCCCCCUGGCCUUUUCACAUGAUCCCGAUUGACGCGCAGAAACAGCCACGGUUAGAAAAAGUAAAGUGUUGAUGUAAAACUUAACCCUGGUGAGCAAAAAUCAUGAAAAAACUUUCUCUAUUAGAUUUAGUUAAAAUCCUACCAAUACAUAAAGAUUCCAAAUUUAUCAGAGCUUAAACGAGUGGAGAAGAUUUUGGUUUUAAUUGAAAUUAAUUAUGGUGAAGGAAGCAAAAGAUUCAUCAAUACCCACCACCCACCGGUGCUUAAUUGUGGGGAAUUACUGCCACGACGUUCUGAUUAAAGACGACGUAGUUAUAGCGGAGUCACUCGGCGGCGCAGCUUCCUUCAUCUCCGCUGUCCUCGACGGCUUGUCCAUUUCCUCCGACUACAUUUCUAAAGUGGGCACCGAUUUCGUGUACUCCGUAAAUCACCGGCCGAUUACGUCAGCUUCUUCCAAAACCACCGUGUUUCACGCCUAUUUCUCAACCGAAACCAAACGCCAAGAUCGGAUCCUAAAACGGAUCAGUGCAUGCGACCCGCUAACUCCCUCGGAUCUUCCCAACUCAAAUUUCGAUUUUGGUUUGGCUGUAGGUGUUGGUGGGGAGAUUCUGCCCGAAACCCUAGAACGAAUGAUUGAUAUAUGUAAAGUUGUGUUUGUAGAUAUCCAAGCUUUAAUUCGGGUAUUUGACCCGGUUGAUGGAACAGUGAAUCUUGUACAUUUGGAUCAAACCGGGUUUGGGCCUGUAUUGAAAAGAAUCGGGUUUUUGAAGGCGUCCGCGGAGGAGGCACCGUAUGUAGAUGUUGAGGAAGCAAGGAAAUGGUGUUGUGUGGUGGUGACUAAUGGGAAAGAAGGGUGUACAGUAUAUACUAAAGAUGAAGAAUUGCCCGUUGUGCCUUUUUCAGCUUUUCAAGUUGAUCCAACAGGAGCUGGGGAUAGUUUUCUUGGAGGUUUAGUUGCAGGGCUUGUUCAUGGUUUGAAUGUAGCAGAUGCUGCAUUGCUGGGGAACUUUUUUGGAUCACUGACUGUAGGGCAAAUUGGGCUUCCCAAGUUCCAUUCGCGGUUGGUACAGAGAGUGAAAGAUGAAGUGCUAAAAAGGAGGUUGCAGUGUUCUGGGUCCCAUGAGAAAAAGGAAGAUGGACCAAAGAGGCUGAAGCCAUCAGAUCAUGAAGAAUUCCAAGCAGCUCUAAAUGCAGCCAAAAUGGUAGCAGCACAAUCUAUCAAGGAAUGUAAGUGGGACUUGCAUAGUUCUCCAGGAGCAUUGGAACAGCCGAUUCGCAACGGUCAGCAGAGAUUACUACUUAAUCCUGUUUGUGAAGAACCGAUUAAUUCAGUUGACAGUAAACCUUGAAUGAAGAGUGUGGGGUUGUUCCACACUCUGAAUAUUUUGUUAGUUCUGAAUAAAGAGAGGUCAAGCAUGAUGUUCUCUCUACUGGGCGUUGGUUUUGCGUUUUUGUAAUAGCAGAAUUAGCUUACCAAAUUCAGGGGCAGAUUGUUUUUAACUCUUUACAAGAGUA